AUGGAGAGGACACGGUGCCUGAUGGAGAUACUGGUGUUCUCUGCGUUGUUGCUGGUUGAAGUGGUUCAGUGUGCUCAGGGUGAAUUUGCACAGAAACUCCUGAAUGACCUAAUGGAGAAUUAUUCCACUGCUCUGCGGCCGGUGGACGACACUGACGAAACACUAAACGUCACGCUGCAGAUCACACUGUCUCAAAUCAAAGACAUGGAUGAGAGAAAUCAGGUGUUAAUCGCAUAUCUGUGGAUCAGACAGACGUGGCAUGAUGCCUAUCUGAAAUGGAAUAAAGAGGAUUAUGAUGGUCUGGAGGUGAUCCGGAUUCCCAGCAGCCUUGUGUGGAGACCAGACCUGGUGCUGUAUAACAAAGCGGACGAUGAUUUCUCCGGGCCAGUGGACACUAACGUUGUGUUGCGGUAUAACGGUGAGAUCACAUGGGACGCUCCGGCGAUCACUAAGAGCUCAUGUGUGGUGGAUGUCUCUUACUUUCCAUUCGACAGUCAGCAGUGUAACCUCACCUUCGGCUCAUGGACCUACAACGGUAACCAGGUGGACAUCAUCCUGGGGAUGGACAGCGGUGAUCUAUCAGACUUUGUGGAGAACGUGGAGUGGGAAUGUCACGGAAUGCCGGCCACUAAAAAUGUGAUCAUGUACGGCUGCUGCUCGGAUCCGUAUCCCGACAUCACCUACACGGUCCUGCUGCAGAGACGGAGCUCAUUCUACAUCUUUAACUUGCUGCUGCCGUGUUUCCUCAUUUCAUUCCUCGCGCCGCUGGGCUUCUACCUGCCCGCUGACUCGGGCGAGAAGGUGUCGCUGGGCGUGACGGUUCUCCUGGCGCUGACCGUGUUUCAGCUGAUGGUAGCGGAGAGUAUGCCACCCUCUGAGAGCGUUCCACUGAUCGGUAAGUACUACAUAGCGACGAUGACCAUGAUCACAGCAUCGACUGCCCUGACCAUCUUCAUCAUGAACAUUCAUUUCUGUGGAGCCGAGGCCAAACCGGUCCCCCACUGGGCCAAAGUCCUGAUCAUCGACUACAUGUCCAAGAUCUUCUUCGUCAAUGAGGUCGGGGAGAGCUGCGCCUCACCGCUUGGACAGACGGGCGAGUCCGAGCCCUUCCACAGUCCAAAACAGAAACCGACUUCCGCGCCGCCACCCUGUUGCCCUGAUGAGGACAAAUCCGCUGCUUUCAACAUGACAUUUGACAAAUGUCUUUACUGUGGAUACAGUAUUAGAACUCUCCGGUGCGACCCGAAGCUUGUCGGGAACGUUGAAUAUAUCGCAAACUGCUUUCGGGAGCAAAGAGCGACCUGCCUGAAAGUGGCGGAGUGGAAGAAGGUCGCCAAGGUGAUGGACAGAUUUUUCAUGUGGAUAUUUUUCAUCAUGGUCUUCCUCAUGAGCAUACUCACCAUCGGCAAAGCACCGUGA